UUUUCUCAAGCUCUCUAAAGAUGGCUCAAUUGCGUGAUCUGAAAGAUGAGCUUGACAUUGUGAUCCCAACAAUCAGGAACCUUGAUUUCUUGGAGAUGUGGAGGCCUUUCUUUCAGCCCUACCACCUCAUCAUUGUCCAAGAUGGUGACCCCUCCAACACCAUUGGGGUCCCUGAGGGCUUUGACUACGAGCUCUACAACCGCAACGAUGUGAACAGGAUCCUAGGUCCCAAGGCCAGCUGCAUAUCUUUCAAAGACUCUGCAUGCCGCUGCUUCGGUUUCUUGGUCUCCAAGAAGAAGUACAUCUUCACCAUCGACGACGAUUGCUUUGUGGCCAAGGAGCCUAGUGGGAAAGAGAUAAAUGCUUUGGAACAACACAUCAGGAACCUAUUGACACCAUCAACUCCAUUGUUCUUCAACACACUCUAUGACCCUUUUGCAAACGGGUCGGACUUUGUUCGAGGGUACCCAUUUAGCUUAAGAGAAGGCCUGCCCACUGCUAUUUCUCAUGGGCUUUGGCUCAAUAUCCCUGACUAUGAUGCCCCAACUCAGCUAGUCAAGCCUCGUGAGCGCAACACCAGGUAUGUGAAUGCUGUGAUGACAAUCCCCAAAGGAACCCUUUUCCCAAUGUGUGGGAUGAACUUAGCUUUUGACAGGGAGCUGAUAGGCCCAGCCAUGUAUUUUGGGCUCAUGGGUGAUGGCCAACCCAUUGGCAGAUACGAUGAUAUGUGGGCUGGCUGGUGUGCCAAGGUGAUAUGUGACCAUUUGUUGCUAGGGGUGAAGACAGGGCUGCCAUACAUAUGGCACAGCAAGGCAAGCAACCCAUUUGUAAAUUUGAAGAAAGAGUACAAGGGCAUAUACUGGCAGGAAGACAUCAUUCCAUUUUUCCAAUCAAUCGCGCUCCGAGAAGAGUGCACAAGUGUCCAAGAUUGCUACAUUGAGCUUGCCAACAAGGUCAAGGAAAGGCUUGGCCUUAUUGAUCCUUACUUUGAGAAGCUUGGGGAUGCCAUGGUUACUUGGAUUGAAGCCUGGAAUGAGCUCAACCCACCACCACCAGCACAAACUGCAACUCUGGCUCAUCCAAAUGUUGCCAUGAAAAACUAAGGCCAUGAGCCCUCCUCUAAAUUUAAAGCCAAUUUGGCCCUUGCAUAUGUAAUAUGUUAUAAUUUUCUCUUCCUUCUAUUCUCUUAAGAAUUUAUGGACUUUUAGCUUUCUGUAUUAUUAAUUGAAUUUAAAUUCUAUCUACGAUACAAGGUCGCUAUACAUAAGAUGACUCUAGGUUGAGGGUGAUUGAGGUGUUUGAUGAACAGAAACAGAAUAUUCAUUUUCCUUGGUC